GGUCUAUCUGCCGAGGACUACCGCCGAGUGAUGACCGUGGUGGAGAACGCCAUCCUCAGCACCGACAUGGCCAUGUACUUCAAGAAGAAGAACUCCUUCCUCGAACUCUCCGACAACGGCGAGUUCGACUGGCAGAGCGAAGAGAAGAAACAGCUGUUGUGCGGCAUGAUGAUGACGGCCUGUGACGUGUCGGCCAUCGCCAAGCCGUGGGAGGUGCAGCACAAGACUGCCAAGCUGGUCGCUGAUGAGUUCUUCGAGCAGGGGGACCUGGAGCGCCUCCAGCUGAAUGAGCAGCCUAUGGCGAUGAUGGACAGAGAGAAGAAGGAUGAGCUACCCAAGAUGCAGGUCGGCUUCAUUGAGGUCAUUUGCCUUCCACUCUAUAAGGCACUCUCGGAGUCGUUCCCCUGGGUCAAGCCCCUCCUGGACGGCUGCAGGAGGAACCUGGAGCAGUGGAAGAGGCUGGCCGAGCAGGUGGACAUGGGACUCACCUGGAUCGACCACGAGUUUAUUGAGAAGCCGGUGGAGAGGAACAAGUUGGAAGUUAUCAGCAAGAUCACUCUCAACCCCAAGCCACCGCCUGCUCUACCCACUUCCCCAUCACCUCCUAAGGCUGAGAGCGAGCGAGGGCGCGGGCGUCUCGGGCUGAGUUCGGCGCUGAAGGGGGCGAGGGCGCUCAAGGGCGCGGGGAAGAGACGGUCGGUGGAGAAGCGGAUGGAUAGAGUGAUGGACUCCUCCACGGACCAACGACCGGCCCGCAUGUCUCCCAUGGGUGAAGGGCCGCUACCGUCUUCCUCUUCCUUCUCUGCUCCAGUCUCUCGCCAGGAGUCCCAGGAGAGCACAGGGCGAGGGCGACCACAGGGCAAGACUUGUAACAAACUACGGAGCAGACUCUGUGUCCUCCUGUGACCUCGCUCGAGAUACUUGUCGUCCAGAUGACCUAGCCAGGCCCCGGGGAGCCUGUUCGCACCAUGGACCUGAUCUGUGGAUCAGACAACACUCUGGUACUAACCCGUGGACUUGGCCACAUCCUGGGCUUGACCUGUGUGAAUCCUGACCACACACCCUUCAUCUGGCCCGUGGAGCUACUACCCACGGCCUUGAACUGACCCGAGGCCUUGAUCCCUUGGAAGCAAUCAAACGACCUGGAAACAUGAUCAAGCCUUCGAGCUGAGAAGCGGACUCCACCAAACUCCUGUAACUCAGGAGACCUAACCACGCCAUGGCAUUUAGUAUGGCUACGCCAUGGAACUGAUUUGACGACCAAUUGACCUUAAGUCACAGUGGAACAGUCCCGAGGACCUGGUUUCACACACACAGACGUGCUCAGCUAAUACGCAUCGCUCGGGGGUCAGGACCUGUGCCGCUCGACCUGGUCUCUUCACCAGUGUUCUAAACCAGUGAUAGUAGCAUUAGUAAGCAAUAUAGCAUUAAGCGUAGACGCGUCACCAGACAAGAGAGCUAGAGGUAACGUUGUAUCGGUGUUCUCUAAUGAUGUAUGGUCUCUAGCCGUGGUUUCUUGAACUUUCUUCCUUUGAUUUCGUUGUUUUUGUUGUGUUCUGCGUAGCAAUAAUAGAUCGUACUUCCUGUGCGGGGAUUCCCCCCCAAGUGAAGGAAGCCACAGGAUGGAAAGAAGGGCGAGUCCUUUGCUAUAUUACAAAAGUCCGUCCUCCUAAGAUUUACUGACUAACCUGUGGAUGGCGGACCCUUAUAACGUGUGAUUUACUACAAUGACGUGCGCUAAAAAAUAACCAGGAUACUACGAGAAUCAAAAACUCCAUAUACCUCUAAAACAACCCCCCACGAAGGAAAUCCAAUGGUAGGAAAUACUGAAGCUGUGCUAUGAGUAACUGUUGUGUAGGUGGUGUCCACGGGCUCACUAUAACCUGUGCUACGUGGAAAGUCUGUUCAGAGUAACUGAAUCAAAAACAACAACAAUGUAGGUGGUGUCAGUGGCGAUCAACUUGUACGGCCUUAGUCGCCGUACAAUUUCGUGAAGUCUUCUCUCACACAUUCGUGCUUGGGGUUGAAAUCCAGGUGGAAAGUCAGUCCAACUAGAAAGAGAGACUUCGAUUGCCAAGUACUUCAAAAUCAUAAAGUGAUAUUACCAGAAUGCUGUUGGAGACGUGAGAGGUACAUUUCCUAGAAUCUAUUUUUGUUUGGGCGGGGGAUGAAAAUGUAGAAAGUACUUCUACUUUAUUUUUUGUAGAUGUGAAAGAGGUAAAAUCAGGGCGAUUAAUGUGAUUUUCAUCAUCGUUCAGCUGAAGGAAAAAAAACACUAGAUGCAACAAAAUAAACAAAUAGAUGUCUGCAAAAAUUCAAUGUGAAUUCAUAAAUUUAUUUCCUUUAGAUGACUGAUGUUUUAAAAGAAAAAGUUACAAAAUAUAUUUGUGUUUUCCGUUCUUUUCUCAGAGGGGUGGCAAAUGACCCCCCAUGUAGGAGAACUUCACCAUGUAGGUUCUUGAAUAUGCUCGUAAGUGGCUUACGAGGUCGUAAGGGACGGCUUGCAGAGCCGCCUUGGAGAUCUCUUUAAGUUAGCAAGAUCAAGGUCCGUGUCGUCUGUUAUUUUCCCCCCCACUACGGGCUCACCAUAGCCCGUGCUACUUGGAACUGUUUGUUCCAAGUAGCGAAUCUUUAACAACAACCCCACAUCUGCGGAGACAUCAAGACAUCUGUCUUGAAUCCUUGAGUGCCAAAACAAACACACACACACACACACACACACACACACACACACACACACACACACACACACACACACACACACACACACACACACACACACACACACACACA